UGAUGGUACUGUAGUUCGGAAAGUCUACCUGAAUCUUGCUGACCUUCAGUGGCAAUUGGCCCCCACAGCCAUCUGUCAACAUGCAAGGAUUCUACUCCAAGCUCGACUCCUCCUCCUCAUCCCCGUUAUUGGGGGUGGGCCUCGGGGGAGAUGGUGCUCCCGUUCCUCUCAGCCUGGCUGUGGAGACGGAAAAAGCUCAGGCCCUCCUACAGACGUUCAGCUCCGCCUCCCUGCUGGCGUCGGCAGGACUCGGUAUGUUCUGUGUGGUGGCAGACCACGCCCUCCAACUGUCGGUCAUCCAGCACAACCUGUGGCUGCGUGCUGCCUUGGACAAUGCCACGCACGGAUUAGUGGGGCUGUGGUCAUGGGCAGUUGUUAUUGGACUGAGGAAAAAGAGUGAUCUGUAUGAGGUGCUGCUGGCUGGUCUUCUGGCAUCAAUCAUAGACCUAGACCACUUCUAUAUGGCUGGAUCCCUGUCACUCAAGGCUGCUGUGUCUCUCCCUCAGCGUCCUCCUCUGCACUGUUCCUCUCUCAUCCCCUUGCUCUGUCUCUCCCUCCGCUUCCUCAUGUGGAUCGGACGCCUCAAAGACGCUUGGUGCUCCUUGCCGUGGAUGCUUUUCAUCUCCAUGGCGACACACCACGUCCGGGAUGCCGUGCGCCACGGGUUGUGGGUUUGCCCGUUCGGCAACACGGCACUGAUCCCCUACUGGGUGUACGUCAGCACCACGGCGACCCUUCCUCACCUGUGUUCAGUGCUCAUGUAUCUGACAGGAACCAGGGAUGUGAUCUCCACCAAACACGGGGUGGCCAUCGAUGUUUAGAGGCUACUGACUUACCAUCAACGUCUAAUGCUGAUCUGGUAUGGAUCCCCUCUGGGUAAAAAUGUUCUAAGCUGUUUGAAACAGCCUUUAGGUACUUGAAAUUACUGGAGAAAACAUUUGUGACUCAAGUUGUGUUAGUGGAAAUGGCAGUUGAAAGAUUAUGCUGAAAGAUCAACUUAAAAUGUUUUUUCAGUUUAGUGGAUUCGUUUCCAGUCACAAGGAUGAAGAAACAGUCAUUAUAUGAUAAUGGAAGUCAAAAAACACAUGCAGUCUAAAAAUAUGGGUUUUCCUUCGAUGGAAACAUCCUUAAAAAGACAAAUUAGCUUUUCAAAAGAGUGCCAAUCAAUUUGUGUGUGUGUGUGUGUGAUUUCUUUUUGUUCCAGGUAACAUGGAAAUGUGUAAGACUGCUGUUCACUUAUCUUGAGAGUGAUGCUGAUCUCUAAUAACUAUCGUUAGUGUUUUUGGGAGUGUCCCUUUAAAGCUUUGACAUAUCGUUUUGCAGGGGCUUGCCUGCUUUCUCUUCAUUAACCCAAACCCAAAAAAGGGUCCCAAGACUUGACCUCCACUGAACGCACACCAUUCCUUGGCCCCUCAAACUCUUAUGACCUUAACUACCACUCUCCGUCCUCACCCUAAGAACACUCAAGGAAAAGUCAACCAAAGGUCGACCACAGGCUGAAUGGCACUGGCAUAUCGUUAGCAGUGUCACUUCCACCCUCAGUGCAUCCAACUGUGUUCCCACUGUUAUUCCACUGUGCAUUUAGAAUUGUUCAUCCGCCAUAGUAGUGAAAUUCAGUGUCUUGUAGAUUGAUGUUUAAAUCGCUAACACAUUCCAGCGACAGACCAACCAUUAACCACUGUAAAACAAUAAUUUUCAUCUUUGGCAUCACCGAAUGCAACACUUGCAACACACCUCUUUAGCUGCUUGGAUGAGCCCGUCAAAAACAACUUUUCAUAUAGAAGCCAGUUUCUGCACGGCUGAGUUGCAGCAGUGGGUUUUUCAGUCCCAACCAUGUCAGCCACAGAGAUGACGACGAUUUUGGAGUUGCUUAAUGUGGUGGUUUUGUUUGUUUGUUUAUAAAAUUUGCAACAUCUUGACAUGGAAUAGGCAAUGUUGGAUUUGGCUGGCAACACGUCCUCUGUCCAAAAACUAUGGACUUUAGUUUAAUCCAAAGUACCAGUUGUGUUGGUUGUACUUGUUGGAUAAAAAGCUCUUGGACUGUGUCCAAGAAUCAACCUGGGGAGUGAGAAGAAAUUCCCCUUUUAAGACAUACUGUGCUGCAGCUGGUGUACAGUACAUAGAUUGUUAGCUAGUUUUCUGGAUUCUCACCGUUAUACCAACAAUUUCUUUUACAGUUUCACACGGGAAACUCUGUUUGUUGUGUUUUGCGCAUUUACAGAUUUGGCUCAGUUGUUAAGUAGGAAAGAUAACGGGUGAUUUUGUAUGUUAAUGUUAUUUAGAAAGGUGUAUGGUAUCCCAAGCGACCUCCAACUCACACCAACCAUGGAAAGAAUAAGGGAAAUGAAAAGAUGGAACUAGAAAGGUGCUGUGUAUUUAUUUUAAACAUUCAAGGGAAUCAUGUGUACAAUAGUGUGUUUUUGUUACACGUAAUAUCUUCAUAUUACAUGUUGAUAGUUGAAGAAAUAUUAAGUGGAAAAAAAAAAAUGAACUUGCUGUAUUUUGUCCGACUGCAGUUUUUAUUAUGCGACUGUACCUAAAUGAUUCAGUUCAGUCUACCUGCUGGAAUUCUCAUUUGGCUUUUCAGAGGUGGAACCAUGAAUUUGCAGAGGUACGUGGUCUCUGUACUGUAAUAAUCUAUCGUACGUGAAUAUCAGAAUUCACUAGGAAACAGAGCAAUUUAGUAGAAAAGUCAUUACACUGUUUUAGAUGUAGACUGAUCACACACAUUACUUAACAGUAUUGUUAAUACUGUGUUUUAAAUAACAUAAUGAUAAUAUGUUGAAAUAGAGUGGAUUUAAUGGGUUUUAGUGACUUGUAUUAUUUGAAUGUAGUUGACAUGAUUUCAGUAUAAAAGGGACGGUGGACUCAAGAGGUUUGUAAUGGUCUGCAUCUAUUAUGGGACAGAUUUUGGUUUAUGCUGAAAACUUCACAUCGCAGUAAUCUCAAAUAUCAGCUACAAGAAAGGUUUUCAUUUCCAUCAGAUUCACUUUUUAUCUUUAGUUUUUUUCCUGCAGAGCUGUUGCUUGGUGAUUAAAGUUGUAGUGGUGCUUCUUGUCCACAUGGUGGCUGCAGUGAGCAUUUGGGAUUCACAAUCAGUUCCACUUUUGAUACUUGUGUAUAUUUUUCUCUGUUAAGUCGAGUAGAGUUGGGAGUCAGUGCUUAAAGAGUCUUGAAUUUGAAAUGAAAAGAAGAAACAAAAAAGCUUAUCAGGUCCUAAAGUUGGAGAAAUGCAUAGAAAAAGGCCUGGUACAUACUCUGAGUUUCAUUUAAAAAUCCAUUAGUUUUUUUCAGUAUUUUGCAGGUUUAGUUUUUUGUUUUGCAACCAUUGCAUCAUCAUCUGUAUUUAAAAUAUUUUCAAACUCAUUUUUGUUUUACAAAAUGAGCAUGUACCACUGGAAUGAUGUAAAACUAGUCCAAGGUAGAAGACAAGGGCAUAAAUAGGAAUAGGAACUACAAGUAUAACUUGUAUAAGUAUAACAGUCAUUAGCAUUGUACUGUAUUACAGCUACUUAACCGAGAGUGAACUUUAGAAAAAGAAAAGACGAUCUCUCUGACUGCUGCUUAUGUUUACAAUGGGACCUUCAUUAAUGCAAUAUUAUGUUGAAUUUUGCACAUUUUAUGUUUUUUAUAUGUUUGAAUUGUUUCUUUGUUUUUUGUUUUUAAUAGUAAAGAUAAUGACAACAUAGUUUUAAUGUAGUGUUCUUUUUAU